CAUCUCAGUUUAGGAGGAGUUUGUGACUCCUGUGGUUCACCUAGGACCUUUAACCAAAACGUUUUUCACAACGUGAGAAUUGGGCUGAGCUUUAACUACUGUGCUACUGAGACCUACAGAGAUUUUUGUCGUGCAAAGUCCUGGCAAAGUAAACACUUUCUGGGACAUGAGCCAAACGAGCCGACAGUUAUUUUGUAGCAAAAUUUGGCCAGAGGAUAGAAAAACAUACUCAGGCGACGUUGUGAGCGCUGUCAGUAUGGCGCAAAAAACUGAAGAAAGUCGUGUCUGUUUGACCAAAACCCCGGCAGGAAGCGAUGCCGGGAGGUUGACAGAAUCCGAUGAUGCAGACAUUUACGGAUCCGGGCGCAUUAUUCCGCAAGCCUGUGACAUGGAGAAACGCUGCUGCCAGACAGCUGCUUCUCCUCAGGAUGAGUUAAACGCUGACUGCCGAGUGGGCGACAGUCGCUCCUUUUCUGCCUGCGCCACAAUCUCAGAAACAGCCAGGGAGCUCUGCAAAGCUGUGUCCGUGUCUCUGGGUCUGGCAACAGAGUCUAGUGACACGAGCGAAGCGCAUGUUGCUCUUCCCCCGUCUGCGGCAAAUGAUCAAAUGAGCGCUGAGUAUUUAUUCGGGGUCGAAGCCGCGGCUGCGAACUGUCCCGGAACCUCCGCUUCUCUCUCCGAGUACCGGUGUCCCAACCGAGAUGAGCUGCACGACCAGAAGCAACAGGUGAAAAUGUUCAAAAGUUCACAAACUGCUGCGCCUUUUCAUCGCACCACUUCCACGGCAACAUCUGUGAAUGCGCAAAACUUCACGCUGUGCGAGGCUGAUGACAUAACUCCAAAAGAGAUAGAUCAUCUGGACAUAGCGUGCGCUGCCUCUUGCCCUUACGCCCCAGCUGCGCCAGAGCCGCUGGCACACUUCGGCCGUACGGCUACAGAGAGGCCGCGCGGAGCCUACAACCCUCUGGAUGAAGCUGGGGAUGCCACGGAGAACAAGUUCGGUGGUUUUCACGCAGAACAAUACGGCGUCAAAGUCAAAUCUGAGAGAAGUGUGUCUGCAGGGGCGUUGUGGGUCAAUACGCCUAAUUACACCUCGCAGUUUUGGGGGUCGAGGCAGUGCAUGAAUGUGCAGAGCUCAGGAGCGAACUCCGCGUUCGUAUGCAAUCCAUAUGACGGGGGCGUCAUGCGCCCUGAACAGUGGUACCCUGGCGGGAUGCUGAGGACGCCCUAUCCCAACUCCAACUACGUGAAGGGUGAUGUCGGCGAAUGGCUGGAUGUCACUUACAACGACGCCAGGUUUGAGUCCGGUAGGGAGCACAUGUUUCCCAUGGAGUUCUUCUUUCCCCCUCAGAGGACAUGCCUGAUCUGCUCAGACGAGGCAUCUGGCUGCCAUUACGGUGCACUCACCUGUGGCAGCUGCAAGGUUUUCUUCAAAAGAGCUGCCGAAGGCAAGCAGAAAUACCUGUGUGCAAGCAAGAACGACUGCACUAUCGAUAAGCUAAGAAGAAAGAAUUGCCCCUCCUGUCGCCUGAAGAAGUGCUUUGAAGCUGGAAUGACUCUUGGAGCACGUAAGCUAAAGAAGAUUGGACAACAGAAAAGCCCAGAAGAAGAUCAUGUUGCUCAGGAUCCAGUGGAGGUUAUCCCACACAUCUCUCCUAAAUCUGGUGUGCAUCUCAACUCCCAGCUGGUCUUCCUCAACAUCCUGGAGGCCAUUGAGCCUGAGGUCGUGAAUGCAGGCCACGACUGUGGCCAGCCAGACUCCGCUGCCACCUUGCUCACCAGCCUCAACGAGCUGGGGGAGAGACAGCUGGUCAAAGUGGUCAAAUGGGCAAAAGGAUUGCCAGGUUUCAGAAAUCUCCACGUGGAUGACCAGAUGACCGUCAUUCAGCAAUCCUGGAUGGGGGUGAUGGUGUUUGCCUUGGGAUGGAGGUCCUAUAAGAAUGCAAAUGGCAGGAUGCUUUACUUUGCCCCGGACCUUGUGUUCAAUGAAGACAGGAUGCACGUUUCCACCAUGUAUGAGCACUGCAUACGGAUGAGACAUCUCUCUCAGGAGUUUGAGAUGCUGCAGAUCACCCAGGAAGAGUUUCUCUGCAUGAAGGCCUUGCUCCUCUUUAGUAUUAUACCCGUUGAGGGUUUGAAGAGUCAGAAGUACUUCGAUGAACUGCGUCUCACCUACAUCAACGAACUCGACCGCCUCAUUAACCUUCAAACGAUGACAAAUAAUUCUCAGAGGUUCUACCACCUCACACGACUUAUGGACUCUCUCCAAAUGACAGUCAAGAAGCUCCAUCAGUUUACCUUCGACCUUUUCAUCCAGGCUCAGUCGCUGCACACCAAGGUCAGCUUUCCAGAGAUGAUUGGAGAAAUAAUCUCAGUACAUGUACCAAAGAUCCUGGCAGGUUUGGCUAAACCAAUUUUGUUUCAUAAGUAGAAGGAUGUUUUUGUUUUGUUUUUUAAAUCAAAAAGUGACUCAUUUUUGCAGCCUCCAUAAACGUUAACAAAGGCUUUAAACUGUUUCCCCACGUCUUCAGUCUGAUUGCUUUUAUCCCUGCCUUGUAAUCACUAUUUUAUUGCACGAGGGGUUAGUUUUUUGUUUGGGUUUUUUUUUUUUCGCCUUUUAGCCAUAAUUGUGACUGUUGAUUCAAAACAGUUAAAGCUUUUACCUGAAGAGCUGUCAGACAUCUCCCAAUGAAAACUCCGGAGUUGAUGAGAGGAUUGUUGGUGUUUUCAGAUGGGGGAGAGACUUUGCUUUACAUUUGCAGUAAGUCUGCAAAUCAUGAUCACCUUAAAAGUAACGGGGGCUAAAAACACUACAUCAUUCCUGUCGCCUUCAUUAUACAUACUUAACAAAGACAUUAUUAAUCUUAAAAAAAGAGGGGACAGUUCAAAGAAAAGAUAAUUGGAUUAAAAAGAAAAGGUAUUUGUUUCCCAUCAGUGUUAUUUUGUAACUGCUGCCUUGCAGUUGAGUGAGAUGCCUUCGUGGCUCAGUCACACUAGAGUAAAAAUAGGACAGCGAUCUCUUUGCAGCUAGGAAAAAUUGGCGGUUGCCGAGUGAUUGCAUGGAAUUUUUUCACUAUCAGCACUUGAUUGCAAGUAGUUGUGGCAACAAACCAGUCACCUGGAAGUUAAGGGUGUUGCGUGCUGAACCUCUGGGCGACCACUUUCAAUCUCAAAACAAUUGUACAGGUCACCCAGUGGGAGGCAACCUGUCUCCAAACAGUUGCAGUCUGAUUGGAACUGACUGCAGUCACUCUCAGACAUUGGUAAAGGUUUACAGUAAACUGAUGUGUAAUUUAUAAGUGCAGAGAGACUGUCAGCAUGUUGCAAUCAGUCUGAGUCUUUACCCAUGAACACAACUUGCCUGUGGUGUGUUUCUUUGCAAGAGACUCGACUUAGCUGGUUGCCACCUAGUUAUAUUCAGGCUAUAUUUCAGUAUAAAAAUCAAGGUUGUGCCUGUGUCAUUCUGCAGUUUGCUGUCCUGCAGCAAUUAUGUCGCCAUCUGUGGAAUUUCUGAGUUUUUGGCAGAAUUUUGAAUGUACAACAUUAAUGUGAAUUUCUGUUUAAUGUGAAUUUCUCUGUAUGUAGAUGGCAACAGAUUUGCAACAGGUGACAACAGAUUUGUGACGUAUCACAGUUAAUAGCCAUAUUCUCACAAACAGAAUGCAUGUGAAUGCCAACUUGCCUCCAUUCAGUCACAAACUGGUAACAGCCUGAUGCGCCAAAGGCAAAGGCAAUUUUGGACAGGUCACGGUUUUCCCUAGUGUGACUGUAGCAUAAAGUAUUUAAGUGCCAUACAGUGAGAAGUUUGUAAGCUGUAGAUUUUCUGAAUCAUCAUUAAUGGCUCAGGAAAUCUAAAACACGUGAAGUCUUUCCUGGGCCAAAUGGCUGAGCAGUGAACUUGCAAACCUGCCAGAAAUUCAAAUGCCACAUCACUUGCCAUCAAUUCAUCGAAGCUUUCUUUGGUGCACAAAUUCCAGUCCAGCGAGCAGUCAUAGGCCUAAACCUCUGCAACCAGUGACAAACUUUUCCUGUAUUGAUUAGUAUAACAAUUCUGCAUCUAGUGUCACUAUUCAAAUCACUACUGAUGCCUCAAUAAGAAUAAAAAACAAAUUACUGAAAUUACACAUCCAGCAGAGUACUGAUUUAUUUUGAGUCUCUGACACUACAAUACAAUUCCUCGUAGCUGUAUAUACUGCUCAUUUAAUCCAUUAUUAAAGUGUUUCUGACACGUGAUGUAUGUUUUCAGCAGUAGACGAGAAUCAAUGACAUGGUGAAAGAUUCACGUUCCAGUUCAGAUCUUCGGUGAAAUUUAUUGCCCGACAGUUGAACAAGAUCAGUGCUGCAGCUGUUGUGAAGCAUAGAACAGUGUGAAAUUUCAGCUGUGAGUUAUUAAAAAAAGGUUGUUUUUUAAUGAAUUAUCUGCUCACUUUGGAGUUCUUUGAUAUUUGCACAUCUUAAGCGGCACAUUGAACUUGUUUGACUUGCAGACCGCCACACAGAACCCGCUGCCCCUUCACAACAGCAAAUAUAUAGGCUGCAUAUCUUUAUGUUUUUUUAAGGUAAAAGACGAGGUCACCCACUGCUCAGCUUAAAAUAAAUCUAUUUUCUUUAUUGAAUUUUCAAUCAAAUGCAACAAUUUGACUGGUUAUCAGUGAACGUCUCAUGAAAACCUUAAUUCAUUAUGCAACUAAUAUUACAACAAAUAUAUUGUUUCCUUUUAUGCAUGGCAAACUGUGUAAAUAUAGUGCCUUUAAAAAGUACAGAUUUCUGAAUGUGGGGAAACAAACAACUGUUAUUUUCAACCAUAAAACAAUGAUAUGAUCGAUUAGAAGCCUCAAGCAAAUGAUUCAUUGAGGAAAAUUAACAUAACGCCAUCAGCUGCAAAAGACAGCACUGUGUGCAGAAUGCACAGCUCUUCCUUUGUCUGCACAGUAAUGCUGCGCUGGCUGCAUUAUGCUGUGGCUGUGACUUUCAACAGCAAGGACCGAAAGACUUCUAGGGACACAAGUAAGAAAGGAUGGCACCAAAUACAGGCAAAUGCUGAAUGAGAUUUCGAGUGCCAGAGAUCUUAGAUUGUGGCAGUAAUGUUCUACAGAGCAACAAGUUUAAAAUGAAAGCCAAGUCAAAACUGGAAGGCCCUCGAAUGUGGAAUGUAAGAAUCCUUGACAGGCACUGCCAAACCUCAGAGAUUAAAAGAAAGUAAAAAAAAUCUGUGGAAUGCCUUGAAGAUAACUGUUCACAGUCACUUAGCAGCUGAAAAGCAUUCAUUUAGAGAAAUGAUACCUUUUUACAUUUCGUAAAAAAACAAAAAAAACAAACAAGUGUUCAAACAUGAGGCAUUCUGUGCCUGCAUCACGCUCUGUGUGAUGCAACUGAUGUAGUCGAGACUCAACUGUAGCACAUCCUGCCUUCUCGCAAUCAAGCUGCUCCGUGCUUACAGCAAAAUUAAUUUCUGUGGUUUCUUCUGCAUCUUUUGACAAUUCAUUCAUUUGAUGUUUCAUAACUGUAAAUUCAGCACUUAACAAUUCCCCAUUCUUUUACAAGAUUGUAGAUGCAUGCAUUAUGUGUUUGUGUAGUUGUAUGGAUAACUUUUUGUUGUAUGAUUACCUGUUUAUUGUAUUCUGGCUGGUGGUGUAAUUGUUGUUCAAUACACAGGACAUUUAUCAGAAGGCAUGAGAACAUUUUGUUGUACAAUGAUCACAGUUAGUUUCAUAGUUCUUUUAUAACCCAUUUGUUCCUGAACUUUAGUGAACCAUAUAGCGCAUCUUACUUCAUCUGCACAAAUGAAUGUGUUCAUGCUUUCAGCUUGUCUUCUUAUGCAAUGUUUGCUAUGUGAAAGCACUGGGGGAGGAAAGAGAAUACAGCGAAUGAGUGCAGGUGUAUAUUGCAGGUGAUUUGGUCCUUUCCCCCACCAAAACAAAAUGAUUUUACACCAGCAGGUAAAUAAAGUUUGGAAAUUACACAGAAACCAAAUUAAAGAGCGACACAGAUAAGGCAUUUUUCACAUAGCACAUUGUCUGAUUACAUAUGUAAGACCGCUGCAGCAGUCAGGAUUUUAUUAGAGCAAUUCUGGUUCUGAAUAUUGUUGUUUGAUAUGCUGGUUUAGCUUUAUUACCCACCAGUGCAUCAAUGAGACACAUGGAUGCUUCUUUAAAAUUUUGAUACUGAUUUACUCAAAGAAGGCUACGGUGUUUGUAUUUUGCUGAAAUAGCUCACAUGUGCCCAGUGUACUGCAUAUUAACAGGGUUCUUUGUACAUGCUACAGUAACUGUAUAUAUUGAUCAAUUUGAUGUCUGUUUUUUGUGUCCAAACACUUUUGACUUUCCAAGUCAGCUAUUGUAUGAUUUAUAACUUUUGUGAUCUGUUUUUCAAUAUGCGUGUUUUUCAAAGGUGUCAUCUUUUAAAGCCAAUUAAAAUAUUUCUGACUCUGAA